AUGAUCAAACAACUUUACAUUUCUCUCAUCUCAACCUUGGCUCUUGCCGGUACCCCUCCCGUGGCCUGUGGCUCCUCAACUCCUUCUUUGAGCUACACUCUUGGUCUGCUUCUUCCUGGAGCUAGUCAGUCUCAGACGCUUCAGAUCCGAAGGGACCAAAUCGUCUACGGUCUUAGUCAAGGAUUUUCCGACUUUGAGGUGACUUUUUCUGGCAACUUUGUCAACGUCAUUUCUCCUGGUUUCAACAACGAGCCCCGAGAACUAUACUCUGAAUGCGACGGAAAACUUCUAGUCAGUGAUGUUGCUGCCCCUACUGUCUCCCAGGAAGGACGAAAAGGGACCUGGACUUUUGUUGGCGAAGGAAACCAGCUGACUGUUCAGAACAACGGCGAGAGCAUCUUCUACAGCUGCCCCAACCCCAAUGAACCUAUCCGGGGUGGUCAACAGGUCUAUGCCAAAACUGGUGACUCCUUUGCGUGUCCUAACCCUGCUGUUGGCACUCUGGUGGCGAUGAAAAAGUAG